CAGAAGAAAACUUGAACUUUCAGUGUCAUCAGAUGAAUUAAGCCUUCUUCGAUGGUGAUUCUGGCAACACUACCAGGUUCUUCUAGCCUCUUCUCCUCUCUCCCUCAAGGCCCUCCUCCAAAUGCCUCCACCACAUCAACACCUCCUCAGCCGCCCAUCCCAAUUCCCAAAUACCCACCACCUCUCAAAUCCCAAAAGUCCCCAAGACCUCCAACUAAACCCUCCACUCCCGCCUUCAAAACCGUUCAUCACCGUUCCAAAUAUUACAAGCCCGUCUCCGAUGGCGUUAUCGCAUCGGAUGGUGAUCGCUCCGUCGUCAUCGGCGAAUCCGGCGUGUCAUAUCUCCUCCCCGGAGCACCAUUCGAGUUCCAGUUCAGUUACUCCGAGACGCCCAAAGCUAAGCCCUUGGCAAUCCGGGAGCCGGCAUUCUUGCCCUUUGCUCCGCCCACAAUGCCAAGGCCGUGGACUGGGAAGGCGCCAUUGAAGAAAUCCAAGAAGAAGAUUCCACUCUUUGAUUCCUUUAAUCCGCCUCCGCCGGGAACCAAGGGGGUGAAGCGUGUGGAAAUGCCAGGGCCGUUUCCGCUUGGGAAGUUUCCCGUGGAAGGGAGGACGAGGGAGGAGAUACUCGGAGAGCCAUUGAGCAAGGCAGAAAUACGGAUGCUUGUUAAACCCUAUUUGUCUCAUAAUCGCCAGGUUAAUCUCGGAAGGGAUGGGCUAACCCAUAAUAUGUUGGAGUUGAUACAUUCACAUUGGAAGCGUCAACGAGUUUGUAAAGUUCGUUGCAAAGGUGUUCCGACAAUUGACAUGGAUAAUGUUUGCCAUCAUCUUGAGGAAAAGACUGGGGGUAAAAUCAUUCAUCGAGUUGGUGGUGUAGUUUAUCUUUUUCGUGGCAGAAACUACAAUUAUCGUACUCGUCCACAGUACCCAGUGAUGCUCUGGAAACCAGCUGCUCCUGUUUAUCCAAAACUCAUACAAGAAGCCCCAGAAGGAUUGACAAAAUUUGAAGCUGACGAGUUGCGAAUGAAGGGGAAAAAUCUUAUACCAAUCUGUCGAUUAGUGAAAAAUGGAGUAUAUAUUUCCUUAGUGAAAGAUGUGAGGGAUGCUUUUGAAGGAAGUCCAUUGGUGAAGAUUGACUGUAAAGGGAUGCAUGCAAGUGAUUACAAAAAGAUAGGUGCUAAGCUUAAGGAAUUGGUUCCUUGUGUGCUACUUUCUUUUGAUGAUGAACAGAUAUUAACAUGGAGGGGACAUGGUUGGAAAUCAAUGUACCAAGGAGCUCCUUCUUUCCUCAUUCCUGUUGUUGCUGAUGUUGCAAGUGGCUUGGAAGGUUCAGGCGUUCCCAAGAGCAACCAUCAUAGACUGGAUACUAAAGCAGUGAGCGCAAGCCCUAAAAUGAUGUCUCUGUGGAAGAGUGCAAUUGAGUCGAGCAAAGCAUUGUUGCUGGAUGAGAUUGGUCUUGGUCCGGAUGCUCUUUUGAAGGUAGUAGAGGAAUUUGAAGGCAUUUCACAGGCCACUGAGCACUCCUAUCCAGCUUUAGUGAUGUCAAGUGAAGAUGGAACUGGUGGUACAAAGGCAGAGUAUGAAGGUUAUAAUAGUGAGGAUUAUAGUGAAGAUGAGAUGUACAAUGAUGAUGAUGAUGAUGAUGAUGAUGAUGAAUACUUGGUGAAUGAGUCAUUGGAAGAGAUGGAAUCACCAGUUCCACUGGGUUCCUUACCUGUUGAUCUGUUAGCUAAGCAGCUUGGCGAGGAAUGAAGGUGAAGAGAAAGAUGUGGUGCGGUUGGCUUGGGAUAUCUUGUUCCUCAUUAUUACCAUAACAAGUGUACCGUAGAGUCUGGAAGAUGAUUAGUUAAGAAAUGGUAAAGUUUUGGGGUAAGAAAUGCAAAUUGAUUUGACUAAUUGAUUCCUUGUAUAAUUGUAUUCGAAUUGUAUAAAUUUGGAUAAAAGUUUAAUGAUGAAAUGAAAUAAAGGAAAUGUUCAAUUUGGGCAAUUUCAGUCCAA